AUGUUCGAUUCCACGUCUGGAGAAGGAACUGUGGAUGAAAAUGAUGACGGUGGUGACGUCACCACAACACGAGAUCCACUUGAUGGACACAUUUCGCCAGUGAUUUGUAAAGAUGGCAUUAUAAAUAAUCUCGAAGGACUUCUAAACUAUAUUGCAUCCGGUUGGAAAUAUCACGUGUCGAAUACAGAUGGUGUAAAACAAGCCUGGUCAAAAUUCGACAACGUUACCAACAAAAUAUGCAGUUUUAUGUCAGAAAAGUCGCUCGCUUCAGCGCACUCCUCGAUCAUUUUGGACGAAGUCACAGUGGCCAGCAGUGGCAAGAACGACAUCUCGACAAUGUCAACGGCGGAAGGCGCCAUCUCCAGCGCUGACGUGUUUGAUGCGAUUAUCAACAAAGCACCUGGACCUUUAGAUAUCCCCAUUAUGAGGGGUAUUUCACUGCCACAUAAUAGUAAUUCGCAUAAUGUGCUACCGUCAACCACGUCCACCGAACGUCCUAUGGUUAUUGACGUCACAUUGCCCUUUUCGUCUACUGCCUGGUUUCUUUCGAAGAUUUCAACUCUCGUCGGUCCCCCAACAAAUGUUCGUGUAGAGGCUACAUCAAAUAGCUCGGCUGUGGUACAGUGGGACUUUGAAAAUGGACAGGUUGAUGGAUUUGUAGUGAAGUACAUGCAUGAGCCAGGAGGACGUUCAGAUACUGAGAGAUGGACGGCCCGUACUGUGAUGAGUCCCACGUCGCGACAUCUCGAAGUUCCUCAUCUGACAGCACACAAGCCUUAUGCGUUUUGUGUCCUGGCCAUCAAAAAUAAUGAUGAUGUGGUGAAUAUGGGCUCAGCAGAGUUGGAAGCGGCGACGAUUGCUCGGCGAAAAGCUCUCGGAAAGCAGCUAAGUAUUUCGUCAACCAAAAAAGUGAAAAAAUCAACUACACAUGAGGAUCAUAAGUCGCCCAGUCAUUCUGUUCGAACGCGUCGAAGUGAAGUCCCUAUGACAGCGUACAUUGCGGCUCGAAUUGAAGCCGAUGAGAUGAGGAGAAUGUACUCGGAAGAUAGGCAGUUUGUCGUCGGUGAUGACAAGAUCUACAAUGGAUUCAACAACUUUCCAUUAGAACCGAACACAAAGUAUCGAUUGAUGAUGCGUUCAUUUGCUAAGGCUGAUGGAAGGCGUAAGGACGAGUUCGACAAACGUGCUCCGAUGGGUGAAAAACUGACCAAGCUCUAUUCGGAUUCUGCUCUCACGGAACCGUUCACCACCCGAGCAGCAUUGCGAUCCGGUGCUAAAACAGGUGGCGUGUGGCUCAUCGGUCCGCUCAUCGCCUUGUUGAUCAUCGCAAUCCUCAUAGGAAUGCUGGUUUGCUGGUGGCUGCGAUGCAACAAGAAAUCAGCUGGUAGAGCUCAUCGCCAUGGCUCAAUCACCAAGGUGGCUCUCACUGGUAACAUAAUGAACGGUAUUCCGGGUGAGACAAGUAAGCUCUUAUCCACGGAUACCUACGGCCGCAGUGUGAUGAACCCUUAUGAACAUAUGAAUGGUCAAGGGAAUGGGCACAUGGAAUCGUCAUUGGACCUGUAUCCGUUACCACGAAGUCAAUCACGUUCUGGUGGUGGAAAUUACGCUCCAGUUCCAGUGCCAUUGCCUUGCUUACCAUCCAGUGGUGGAAUGCUCGGUGGACACCUGGUUACUCACCCAGCUGUGCCGAUUUCCGAAUUAGCCCAGCAUAUCGAACGGCUACGUCUAAAUAAUAACGCUGGCUUCCAACAGGAGUUUGAAUCAAUCGAAACUGGUCAGCAGUUCACUUGGGAGAACAGCAACUCUGAUAUCAACAAACAUAAGAAUCGCUACGCUAAUUGGUUUUGUCUUCGAUGGAGGGAAUCCCUGGCACCGACUUACAUCAACGCUAACUACAUCGAUGGCUACGAUAAGCCCAAGGCCUAUAUCGCUACGCAAGGACCACUGCCGGAAACAUUCGGUGAUUUCUGGCGGAUGGUUUGGGAAGAAGGCUCGUCGACGAUUGUUAUGUUGACCAAUUUGGAAGAGCGCUCUCGGGUGAAAUGCGAUCAAUACUGGCCAACUCGGGGCAGCUCGACUUAUGGAGAGGUCCAGCACCUGUCAACGCUGAAAUGGGCGAAUUCCCGGUGUUCCGUGGCGAAUUUGUCAGCGAACCGUCACAAGAAUCGACAAUCUGCUGUGAUUCCAUAUGAUAGCAACCGGGUCAUCAUGCAGGUCAUUCCUGGUGUGGAAGGGAGUGAUUACAUCAAUGCCAGUUGGGUGGAUGGCUAUCGGGAACGAUGUGCGUACAUUGCAACUCAAGGCCCUACAGAGCAAACGGUCGCCGAUUUUUGGCGAAUGGUGUGGGAGCAUGAUUGUGCGAUUAUAGUAAUGCUCACAAAAACGUGGGAGAUGGGCAGGAAUCGAUGCUGUGAAUACUGGCCUCAAGAAACAGGAGCACAAGUGGGACAGCUAGUUGUGGAGCCGAUCGCCGAAUACAACAUGCGAGAGUAUAUUCUUCGUGAAUUCCGACUCAGCGAUGUCCAAUCUGGCAUCACUCGUACUGUGCGGCAUUUCCAAUACACCGAAUGGCCGGAACAAGGGGCGCCUAAAUCAGGAGAGAGCUUCUUGGAUUUGAUUCAACAGGUGCAUCGUACCAAAACUCAAUUCGGAGUAGAUGGCCCGAUUGUGAUCCAUUGCUCAUCGGGAGCUGGUCGUACUGGUGUAUUCAUCGCGUUGUCGAUCAUCAUCGAUCGGAUGCGAUUGGAGCAUGUUGUUGAUGUGUUUACAACGGUGAAGUUGUUACGAACUGAGCGCCAGAACAUGGUACAAGACACAGAACAAUACCACUUCCUCUAUCUUGCCGCCUUGGAAUUCCUUUCAUCGUACGAGCAGUAUCCGUCAGCGUAG